AUGGCCGCUAAAUUGAAGAAACGAGCUCUAGCAGAAUUCAGUCACGUUGUUACAGAAGAACCACAGCCUCCAGUAAAGAGAUUACGACUUAUUCAGCGCUCAGUGAUCCCAGUUAUAUCCUUGAACCUAUCGAGUGCAGGCACAGCCCAGGAGGUGUUGUUUCUUCUGUUGAAGCUUGAAGAAAACAUCCCAAGUGACAAAGAUGGAGCAGAGUCCCUGUACAGUGAAUUGUCAGAGCAUCUCAGUGGAGAAAACGAUGCGAUCGUGCGGUGUAAAAUUAUAUCUAUGUUUGCCCGAUUGGCUCUAGUUCCAGGCUUUAACACACAACUUUUGGCUGAUGACUUAUUAAAGAAAGCUGAGACAGAAUCAUCUCACAAAGUGCUGGGACAGCUGGUAAUGACAAUGCAGACUGUCAGCCAUAUAUUUCCUCCUUGUAGUCCUCACGUGCAGCGAUUUAUGAGGGCAGCUUUUAAGAAUGUGUCAAACUCUAGUCAUCAAGUUAGGAGCAGCUGCCUACAUUUGAUUGGUUGCCUGGCAUCUUGUGAACAGCAGAGGAAGGACACACCUGCAUCCCCUGAUUGGCCGGUGUCUAUACAAGAGGUGUUGUCACGAUAUAUAAGUGACUGUGAUCCCCGUGUCAGGUGCAGUGCUUUCGAGGCUAUGCUGUCCCUCCACAACAGCGGUCAGUUCUUGAACCUGUCAGUCUACCAGCAGGCCUGCUCUGCUCUCUGUGAUGAUUAUGAGGGAGUUCGACUGGUGGCCAUCCACUUGAUUUGGGUCCUGUGUCACCUGUAUCCAGAGAGUCUAGUUGCUGUGACUGACAGCUUCGAGGAGUUGCGCAUGGUGGAUGAUGGAUUUGCCAAGAUUUGCAACAUGGUCACUGACAUAUCUGUCAGGGUGAGGGUCAAGGCCUGCCAACUACUGGGGUCCCUGCAUAUGGUGAGUCCCAGGUUCCUGGAGCAGACGUUGGAUAAAAAGAUCAUGUCUCAGUUGAGAAGGAAGAGGUCAGCUCAUGAACGGGCCAGAGAACAUUUUGCUUCUGGGGAAUGGUCAACUGGGCAGAAGUGGGCAGAUGAUGCUCCCAAAGAAGAGCUAGACCCUGAGUCAAUCAAUUUGCUGAGCAUAGGAGCUUGUGGGGCUUUCAUUCAUGGCCUUGAAGAUGAAUUUCUAG